GGCUGGAGGCUCUUCCCGGUCGGCUAAUGCGCAGAGGACCCUCAUCAUCAUUGGACUGUGCCGCCAGGAAGUGCGAGCGCUCUGAGGUAGGACAAGAAGUGGUUAGAAAGGGCAGGAGACUUCACAGCAUAGGGAAUCGAGGAAGCUUUCAUAAAAGGCAAAGUGCACCUUUGCUGGACUCGCAUAUUGCAUUGUAUAGGAGGUGAAACCAGACGUUAAGAACAGCUGAAGCGUCCCUACUUCUCAGAACACCCGAACCCUGGCACCCAGCCCAGCCCACUGCCAGGCAGGUGGGCGGCCGCCAUCCCCGUCCCCGGGGCUGCGGGACCUGCUGCUCCAUGAACCCGCCGGGAGCUGAGCGCCUUCGCCCCACGCCGCCGCCGCGCAGCCUCCGGGGCCCCGAAGGCGAAGACGGCGAAAUCGAUAUUCUGGGGGAGGAAGAAGAUGAAGACGACGACGAGGAGGAAGAAGAGGACCACGUGGAGAUCCAAGUGAGCCCGCCGUUCCUGGAGCUGCUGCACCAGCCGGAGUCGCAGGGCGCGGGCGCGAAGCCUGGGGAGCGCACCGAGAGCAGCGGUGGCCCGAGCGACUCCCCGGAGUUUGGCACCAAGUUCGGGGCCUCGGCCGGGCCCACGGCGGCCUCCGGGGACGCCCCGCAGCCCGCGAAGCCCCCCUACUCCUACAUCGCGCUCAUCACCAUGGCCAUCCUGCAGAGCCCGCACCGGCGCCUCACGCUGAGCGGCAUCUGCGCCUUCAUCCGCGGCCGCUUCCCCUACUACCGCCGCAGGUUCCCCGCCUGGCAGAACAGCAUCCGCCACAACCUCUCGCUCAACGACUGCUUCGUCAAGAUCCCCCGCGAGCCCGGCCGCCCGGGCAAGGGCAACUACUGGAGCCUGGACCCCGCCUCCCAGGACAUGUUCGACAACGGCAGCUUCCUGCGCCGCAGGAAGCGCUUCAAGCGCCGCCACCACCAGCCCCCGGGCGCCCACCUGCCUCACCCCUUCCCGCUCCCCGUAGUGCCCGCCACUCUGCACGGCCCCUAUCCGGGCUUGCUGCCUGGGUCCCUGGCCGUCCCCGGGGCCUCCCCUGCCGCCGCCGCCCCCCAGAGCCGCCCCUGCGCUCUGCUGCACCCCCAUCCCCUUCGCUACCUGCUGCUGUCCACCCCCAUCUACUCCGAGGCGCCCGGGAAAGUGCAAUGCGGGAACCUGGGGACCCCCGGCGCCGCCCUCCCAGCACUGCAGCCGCCCUCCCUGGGCUUCCAGCCUUGGGAAGGGGGCAAGGGGCUCUCAACGAGACAGGCAGGCGGAGGUACCUCCUUCAGCAUCGAAAGCAUAAUGCAAGGGGGCCGAGGAGGCGGGACAGCGACGGCGCAGAAUCUGCCCCGGACCACCCCGGGGGGCUACUGGCACCUGCUGCAGCGCCCGUGGAACCUGUGGCACACCCAGGCUGCUGCCCCCUGGCUCCAUGUGUCCGCUGUCCAGGACGGUGCCAGCAAAGGCGGGCUGCUGGGCCGGCACCUGUCUGCCGCCACCGCGGCGCUGCUGGGGCUUCCACGGGGAGCCGAAGGCUCCGGGCAGGUGUCCUGCGGAGAGGGGACCUCGCCCGCGUUUUGA